AUGGCUGCUUGUUGGGACGACCAAGGUUCUGCAGAAGAGGACGACUAUGGCAAGGACGAGGACACUGCCGGGGACAGUCUCUCUCAGCUCAUCAAUGCCCAGGAGGGUAGCAGUUCGUUUGAUUCAAUCGUCAUCGAAGUUAAUGUCUUCCCAAGCACCGGCAUCCCAGAAAUUCCAGCGUUCAUCUCAACACUUCAAGGCCGGGAGAACAUUAAGAAGCAAAUCUGGCUUGCCAUUUACGUCAUUGCCUUCUUCCAGAAGAAACACAGUGGCCGCAAAAAUGAAUGGUCUGGUGCUAAACCAAAAGCCGAGGGAGAAGUUUGUGAAGACGACAUUUUGUUGUUCUUUUGGCCUUGA